GCCAUGGCAGCUGCCACAUGUGAACUAAAGCGGCUGAAAGCAUUACUUCUUAGCAUCGGUAUUCAGCAUCCUCAAGCCAUUCCUCUCUUUGGCGAUUCAAAGAGGGUCCAUCAGGGACGGUGCCACCCAGGCUAUACCGCCAUUUGCCCAUCCCAACUUGUUGCUGCCAGACUGCCACCUCCUGCCGACCACUGUUGCUGCUUGUUGCACGAAAUUAGCUUCGAUUUUACCAGUGAAGAUCGUAAGCGUGGAAAGAGCUUUUUUAGCCAUGAUGCCCAUGAAGAUCGUGAAGAACAAAUUGCGCAUUCAAAUGAGGGAUGCUUUGAUGAAUGAUGGAUGAAUGAUGUCUUAAUGACUUCUAUUGAAAAAGAUAUAUUCAAAAAUGUUGACAAUGAAAUUUGUAAAGAAUAUUGAAUUAACACUUUAAUUUUAUAAAAGAC